AAACCCUGAUUAUCGAGUUCUGUGAGAUCUGCAAUAUAUAGAGAGAAAGAGAGAGAGAGAGACAGACAGGCAGACACCCUCUUCCCCCCACCCCACCCGGCUUCGGAGAGAAAGCCAGAAAAACUCCCCGAGAAAGUGCGAGAAAAUUAGAUAAUAAAACACAAAGCCACCACCUUAUCUCUCGAUCUCUCUCCGCCUGCUGCCAUAUCUCUAUAUAUCUUCUUGAAUAUGAGGAUCCGCAAGAACGCGAAGCUCUCUCCCCUCUGGUUCUCCCACCCUUCAGCUCCCGAGGCUCUCCAGACGCACGUGUGCCAGCUCAACCAGUCGCCCUGGGAUGCGAUUUCCUUCGCCCAAGACUCCCAACAGUUCGAAGGAGAAGAUAGCUUCACGGGAAAUGCGAGCCUCGGAGAUUCUGUUGGAGCUGACGAGAGUGUUGCGUCGAUGAUGGACGCGGUGGCAGCGAAGGCCGAGGAUAUGGCUAUGGACGAUAACGAUAUGGUCGAGAAGCGAGCGAAAGUGAUUGAACAUGGCGAAGAAAGGAUGAGGGGGAACGAAUUUGUGUUGCAGAAGGGAGAAAGGAGCUCCUGCUGCCAGAAAACCGACGGGAAGGGUUGGCAGUGUAGGAAAGAGGCAAAAGAAGGGCAAUCCUUGUGCGAACAUCACUUGAGCCGUCUUAGGUCUUACAAUAACAGCAACCAUAGUUUCAGUAGAUCAGCCCCAGCAGCUGCAGCAGCUGCUGCCGCGGCCGCGGCCGCUGGUGCUCGUCGCGCGAGAGCUCGCGCAGCGAAGAAGGGUGGUUCCUCCUCCAACCCUUACGAAUUCUAUUACUAUUCUGGGUUCGGCCCGCUGUGGGGAAGAAAAAGAGGCCAUCGAGGAGGAGGAGCAGACGCAAGGAUCAGCAAGCACAUCGAACCCAAACGUGUCGACAGCAACGCCACUACUACUACUAUUACUACUACAACAAGCACUGCAUCCAUCAGUAACACUUCUCAAAGCACUCCUUCCUCCUCGCAACUCGAUAACAAUGAGGAUUUCGAGUACGUGGACGACGAAGACGACGACGACGACGACGAAGACGAGGCCGCCAACGGCGAUAGCGGGAAGAAGCGGAUGAGGAAGCCGGUGAAAGCUCGAUCGUUGAAGUCUCUGAUGUAGGGUUUUAUUACAUAUAUAGGGUUGGAUUAGAUUCUGUAUAUGAAAGCUUGUCUCUGUGUGUGCGUUGAGAUGAUUAUCGUAGAAUUUGUUUUCAUCUUACCCUGUGAUCUGAUCUGGAUGAGUGUACUGUUUAUAAUUUUUAGGGUUAAAGCGAAA